AUGACCGAUCAAUUUGCGUUUGAGUAUCCUUCGCCCUUAGAGGGAUACGAGGGCCUGGAGCCACUGACAGAAGAGAAGACAGCAGAUGGCAAGUCCCUCGUCAACCCGCAAACUGGUGUUUUGAGCAAGGCAUACGAGGAGUUCCCGAAUCCUCUCGCCAAAGACCGCAGAGGGGGGUUUGAUGUCCACAUCUAUCAUUACCAGACCAACCCGGAGCAAGUUACCUUUGCGAGAGCCCUGCAUGAGCGAAUUCGCCGAGAAUUCCCUGAGUUGCGCAUCUACAAAUUUUUUGAUCGCCCCGUUGGUCCGCACCCGGUCGCUAUGUUUGAAGUCAAUCUGUUCACUCCGGCUCAGUUCGGUGCGUUCAUCCCUUGGCUUGUCAUUCAUCGCGGGCCGCUUAGCGCACUGGUGCACCCGAACACAAUCGAGUCCGAGGAAAAGCGGAACCACACCCAACGCGCGACAUGGCUGGGGGAUAAGAUUCCUUUAGACCUGCGAAUCUUCGGGUAA